CCGGCGUGGGUGCGCGCGCCGCUCUCCGUCUCUCCCGCUGGCCCGGGCAUCACCCUGUGACUUAGUAUCGGGGGACAGGAAGCCUGAGUGUAUUACAUAUUCGACAUAUAUUUUUGUUAUUUACCCGGAUGUAAAUCAAGAGGUGUGCGCUGCGAGUGACCAAGAGCCUACACUACACAAGGAUGUGCUCCUUGCAGCAGGGAUGUGUACUGUUACCGAGCCGUAGAGCCGCCAGGAAGGUUACAGUUGGCCUCGUGUCCUGCUUGACCGUGAUGGUGGUGGUGCAGCUGGCCUCGGUGCAGGUCCACCACCACCUACACCUCAACCUGCCCACUGUCAGCCAGUGGGUGCGGGGGCUCGCCAACCAGAGCUCGGCGGCGAGAGUCGGCAACGUUAGUGAUGGUCACGUUAACUCGUCCACACACUGGGUCUCCUACCCUGAGGCCGCGGCCAUUGUUGACGACAGUGGUGAGAGGGAGGACAUCGCCGCCACCUGGAUCCCAGGCGACGGCCUCGUACCCCAGCGGGAGGACGUCAAGUUUCCCAAACAAUACCAGCAUGAUCAAGUCCGCAAACUUAGCUCCAACUGGACGGAGGCGACGACAGCGCGCGUGAGGGGCGUGCUGGAGGGGCGGCGUCGGCGGGUGCGGGAGGUGUGCCGGUCCCUGCACGGUCUCCUGAACCCCGUCCUCGACCGCGUCUACACCAACCUGCUCUUCGUCGCCAAGUACCGCAUGGUCUGGUGCCCGGUCUUCAAGGCCGCCUCAACUACUUGGGUGAAAAACUUGCUCUUGUUGGCUGGAGAACAAAGGGUGUCCUCUGGUCUCCAUCAGCGCGCCAGACAGAUCUACACCCAGCCUGAGGACCCAGCGGCCAGGGAAGACCUCUUGAAGACCUCGCUCAAGAUGAUGAUUGUGAGGCAUCCCCUGGAGCGUCUCCUCUCCGCCUACAGGGACAAAAUGCUGCGACUGAGGGGGAAUAGCGACCGGUUUGAGUUGAUGCAGCGCAAGAUAGCACACACCUACCCGGACCCCAACACCCCCCGCAACACCCCCCGCAACACCACCUCCGGCCACAACGUCACCCAGCCCACCUUCACACAGUUCCUCCAGAAGGUGAAAUUCGACGUGAGGAGAGCUUGGAGAUCGAAGGGGAUGAAGAACAUUAACAUGCACUGGCGACCUUACUGGCUGACCUGCGCGCCCUGUCACCUGACCUACGACGUCAUCUCCCAGGUGGAGACCUUGGACCAGGACCAGGAAUACGUCAUCCGGGAGCUCGGCCUCCAGGACAAACUCUUCAACCUUCAUAGUCACUCUUCCAACUUCGACGUGUUCAAUGGGACGAGCGCUGCCACCCGCCACUACUACAGCACGGUGCCCCUGGCACUCCUCCAGGAGCUCGUCCAGUACUACAAGUACGACUUCGAUCUCUUUGGCUACUCUCCCGAGCCUUACUACAAGAUGGCUCUCCAACCCGACCAAGCAAACCUCCUCUGACGCCACCAUUCAACAUUCAAACACUUGUAUUUAUAUUAAUAUAUAUUAGUAUAUUUUG